CGAUUUGCCGUGAAUACAGCAGUAAGCCGUGAGUGUUUCGUUUUUCAAAGUAAAUAUCGUUCCGAAUAGCAAACGAACUAAGAAACAGAUUAAAAAUAUCCUUCGGACGGAGAUCUUUUCUUGUUACAAAUUGUGACCAAAGUGAUCCACAACUACAGAAUAAUCGCGAAGAAAUCGUUGUUGCUGAAUCAUUUUCUCAGCUGCCAGUGUGCCGUGAAAUCGCGGUGAAAAUAAACGGAACAGAGGGGAAAAGAAUCAUUGAAAUCAUCUGCGACCAACUAGACUGAUUUUUUUUUUUUUCUUUUUUUUUAACAAUUUAAAAUCGAAGAAAGUUUUUAUGGUCGUGAAAGUGGAUCAACGCGUAUGAUUUAGUGUACAAGAGUUGUAUUAAAUAUUAUAUGUAGAGAAAGGAGGGAAAGAAAAUAGUUCUGCAUGAACCCUGAGGAAAUCUUUGGCCUGUGCAACAGGAAGAACGCGAUUUUCGUUAUCCUGUGUACAGCAGCGAUCUGUGUACACCUGUUCUUCGUCGACGACAUCGAUACGAAUAGAGAAAAGAACAGUAAUCCCGAGGUGGAAGAGGAUGAGAUCAACAAUUGGUGUUUCAACGAUCAACAAGAGUUCUCCGUGUUUCGAUCGCACUGCAACGAUGUGGAAAACAUUAUGUCUGCUCUCGUUGACGCUCUUCACGUUCGAUUUCCUUCAAGCUAGUCUCGUCGUUCGGGGCGAACCUAUUCGGAAGGAGGGCCUGCUGCUUAUCACUCGACAAGAACAAUCUAAAACUGAUCAAGAGGAAACUGGGGCUCGAGCAGAAGUCAGAGAAGAGGAGGAGGAUGAAAAAAGAAGCGAACUGGUGGGCAAAUGGCGAAACAACGGGGAGGCUGUCGAGCCAAAAUGGAGAGACGGUGAUACGGUACCUCUGCUUCCCUUCCCCCGAUUCUCGCGAUACUCUGCAGACAAGAUAGACGCGAGCGAAGAAGAAAAGGAUCACGUUCACAGACCAGCCAAGUAUCGUCCAAAUAACGAACAAGAAAAUUCUCUGCGUUCGAGGAAAAACGGUCCGCUGUUUUACGACUACGAGGACUACUACAACGGCGACGACGACAGCAACAACAGGCGUGGAUAUCGAGAACGGGAUAUCCUGUCCCGAAAAACAAACAGCCGGUCCUCGAGCAAUCAGGAAAAAUCUGUUCAUCCGAAACAGACUAAUAACAGAAGAAACGAACAAGAACAUAGCGUAGAGACAGUCUCUGCGAGAUACAGAGAAAUCUUUCAAGGUCGUUCAAACGAUUACGAGCAAGAAUUCAACGACGAGGAGUAUCUGAAACCUCGUCCAAGAAAAAGGAAACCACCUGAGAACUACGAAUUCGCUCUGGUUAAAAAUGAAACGUUAAACGAGGAAGGAAGGAAAAGCAAAAGUACCGCCGCCGGCGGUCACUUGUUACAAAACGCAAUGGAGCUGAAGUCUCUGUUAAAGAUGCAGCAAGCGGAAGGUUUAAGCUUGUCGGAAAUCCUUCAACAACGAAAUUUCAGCCUGAACGAUCUUCUGAACGGAAAAGCUGACGUGAUCGAUGCUUUGAAAAUGAAAGACACCGACGAGAGCGGUGAUUACGGGACAGAAAAGGCGACGAAGAUCGUGCCGAUUACCAUCGCCGCGCCCGCUGAUAAAGCACAAUGGCCAGCCUACCCCGUUAGAGAACCAGCAAAGACGAUAAAUAUUCAGAAAGACGAUAAACUUAUCGUCUCGAUCGUUGAUUCGACGAAUCGACCAUCUUUACGCAAACAACACCUGUAUUCUUCGAAUCGCGCUGAAACGUAUCCAACGAACCUUCAAGACUCGACGACCAGAAAAUCGAUUGCAACCACUGGUGAACCGUCCGGAAAGCGAAUUACCACGUCGAUGCCUUUACCGCUGGCAACCAAUUCCAUGGAUCUCUUACAGAUCGCUGUCAAAUUACAGAACAGCGACGAAACGAAAACCAACGCUCCGGACGACGAUGAGAUCAUGGAGUUCUCCGACUUCACCGAUUACAAGAAAGGACGAAACGGUGCGUCUCCUGUUUGGCUAAUGAUCAAAGACGAGAAGGAACCAGCUGAAUCGCAGGGAAAAAACAAUCACGAGAACAAAGGUUCUCGGGGCUCCGGGUCCACGUUGAGCAUCGAGAAGAUCCUAAGUCCCACGGAACCUAGCUCCAAGCUGAUCAACAAUUUCACUCUGGAAAGUAACCGGCAAUUUGUAAAGAUGGACGAAACCGGUGAUUACGAUGCCGCUUCGGAACGUGAAUAUCAAAACGAUGCGCCGCCACCGAUCUACCACCACCUCGGACACAGUACUGAAAUCAAUACCUUCGUCCACGAGGAAUACGAAACAACAACCGGAAUCGAAUUUCUCUCGUCAACUUCGGAAACGUUGUUAAACGACUCGGAGAUUAAGGAAAAUCAUGCACCGAUAAAUCGUCAGGAUUUAAACAGAGAAGAGAAGAAACCUUACGACCACGUUGUAUCGGAACUGGAGCCAGAAGCACGGGCAGAAAUUUUUGAAUUAUUCGCAUCCGGCUCUGCUGGCAAGAGGCUGGAACGUCUUCUGAAAUCGAGGAAUAUGAGCGUAGAGGAGUUAAUCGCGCUACGACAAAGAGGUUCCAGCAAAGUUCAUCUGGCCGAGGUGUCACGGAUCAAAGUGCACAAACCGAUUAGUGACCAGGAUAAAAGUAACAUUAAAACCGCUCAGACUUUUGGCCCAUCUACGACCGAUCGACAGUUAAUAAUGAAUCAACAAACUUACGAUCAAACAGUUAAUAAUCACUUGGCAACGUCUCUCCAAAAUAUAACGAACUGUAAUUAUUCCACGCAGAAUGCACCUAUGGAUAUUAUUCGUCCGCAAAAAAGUAAAACCGAAGAAGAAUCUUUUUCAAAUUUACGAUCAAUUAGCGAUCACGAUUCCUGGUUGCCUAAUAGUUACAAAGAUCGCGACGAGAAAGAAGGCGUUGAAGAGCAGCAGCAUCAUCGUACCGCGGAAAUUAUUGAUUUGUUAACAACCUUUGCUUCUAUGCCAUUCGUCAAAGAUAUUCAGCGAGAUUUUGUUCGGGAAUAUGCUGAUAAAGAUGAAAUGAAAUUACCGAUAGAGAAUAACAGUGAAAACAUCGUAUUUCAAAAUAAUCACACUGUUAUUCAAUCUGGUUACGUGAAAGAAAUUAUACAAGAGAAACCAGAUUCUAUAGGUAUACGCACAAACUUUGACGAAACGGGCACGAAACAGACCAUCAACGAGAAACGAAAAACUCUAUCGAACGUGAAGCCUAGCAUAAUAGCGAGCGGUGCGAUUCUCGGUUUAACCAUCGUCGUUUUUCUCGCGAUAUUCAUUGUCUGUAGAAUUCGACAGAAGCAAAAGUACAGAUACAGAAACACCUUUUCCAGAGCGGUAUUCCAAGCACCUGUGCUAACAGCCCGGAAGUUGUCCAAUUCGAGCAGCUUAAGCACCGUAAUGGUCAACGUGGUCGCUACGUCGACAACGAAAAGGCCGGAGAAAAAUCAAACCGACCAACCGGUUGCUGAAAUGAUGGAUUCCAAGAGUGACAUCGAUAAUGAUUCGUUGGAUGCUAACGACAGUUGGGAAACUAUACCAGAUUACAUGAAACAAUGACAGAGAUUUGUGUAAAAAAAACAAAACAUCAGUAUUCUACUCUUUACGUUAACCCCUUGCCGUACCAUUUUCUCAGCAUUUGCGUCUGCCAAAGCUAACUCACUGCUAUAAUAUUGAGGCAAACAGUGACGGCUCGCGUAUAGGCACUGUGGAACUGCAGCACCCCCUAUUUCCACUUGAUAUUAUCGAUAACAUUUAAUAUAAUGAGUCCUUUUUUCUUUAAUUCUUUCUUUAUACUUGUACAAUAUAUAAUCCUUAAGAUUAAUGUCAGUAGCCAUCCCCCAGUUUAUGAAAAAGACACAAAAAUCUUUGUAUGGAACUGUGAAGCGCACAGUUCCAGCAGCGUGAUGUUUGACUGUGCGCGCAUGCGCACAUAGGAAACUGCGCGCGAGGCUGCGCAGGAGAGAGAGCACUGAAGCUCUCGCAGUGCCGGUUUUUUAAAACAAAGGCUAAACAUUUUCUGGAGCAGCUAAUUUUAGCUACGAGCCGCCACUGGAGGCAAAUUAAGGAAACUGAAAUAUUAUCCAUGUAUUGUAUUUACAGAUUCCCGGUUGUGUAAAUUCUAAUUGAAAUUAUACUUCAAAUUCAAUUGUAAUACAGAUACGGUUCAGUUUUGUCAUAUUAGAACUGUAGGUGCGUCACGGGUCAGACUUGUCAAAGUACGGCAAGGGGUUAAUUUACAUUCUACGCGUACUAAAGGCUGAUUGCAUACUCUGCAAAUGUACCAUAGCAUAGGGCAUCAUUGAUAGACCGUUCAAUCUUAAUAUUCUGACUAUGAUAUUUGUCUGUGGCUCUACAGACAGUUUCAUGCAUGUUUGUAUAUACAUACAUAUAUCGUUGUAUAGAGUUUCUUGUCAGUUUCACUCUGAUAACUGAUCACAUUUCAAUUAAACUGACCAAUUGUAGAUUAAAGUUAAUAUACUUCUCUUACGUAAGCCUUA